GGUCAACGGAUGCGUAGGAUACAACAACUACAAAUUCUUCAUCCAGUUUUUAUGCUAUACCACACUCAGUGGUAUGUGGAUGCUCAUUACCACAGCAAUCGCUUAUGCACAAUAUGGUCGUUCGCAAACAUUCGAUGGUUAUGCUAUUGUUGCCAUGGUCAUUAGCGGUAUCAUUUCCUUCUUGGUCGGGGCUUUUACUUGUGCUCAUCUUGGUCUGGUUACUUUGGGAAGAACUACAAUUGAAAAUAAGAUAUACCACGCUUGGGAUUUAACGCGUCCCCAACAUGACCAGCGCUUUAAGUUCCAACGCUCUAAUUCUCAAAAAUUGCCAGCAGAAAAGGCUGAAGAGAAUCGUGAGCGUGAUAUGGAAGAAGGCCGUGUAGAAAAGAAGGAACAAGCGAUAGAAAAGAAGGACCAAGCGAUAGAAAAGAAGGGAAAGGCGGUAGAAAAGACCGAAAAGCCCGUCAGAUUGCCCGAGACGUUCACUCUGACAGGCAAAAAUCUCUAUAACAACGGCGUCUGGUACAACUGGAGAGACGUUAUGGGCCCCAACGUCUUGCUUUGGUUUAUCCCCAUAGGUAACAGUCCUGGCGAUGGACGAGAGUUUCGAUACAAUGCUAUGGCAUUGGAUGAAUACAAGCAAGAAGAAAGAUAUCAGAAAAAACAAGAGGCAUAACUCACAUGUUAUAUCACACAUUAUAUCUUUGUUUCAUGUACAUCACGACAAACUGCAUUUUUUGUAUUUUUAGCCGAUCUUAUUCAUUUAAUAUCACAUCAUGUUUUUCCUUGUAAAUAAGCUGUAGAAAGUACGUCUGAUACGAAUUAAAAAAAAAUAAAAAUAUCCCAGCUGCUUAUUCCAAUGCACAGGCCG